AUGGAGUCUUUCUCUGGAGAUACAGAAGGAAGCACGGAGGACAUUCCAGGACGUAAAAAGUCCAAGCUGAAGUCUCUAAAAUCUCGUCUCUUCGGGAGGAGCAAGAGAGCAGGUGCAGAAGAAAAAACCAAACUCAGCCAGUCGACCAGUGACAUCACUGCAGGAAAGGGACUUGGAUCAGAUGAAGAUUUGGCAUGCUCCCAAGGAAUGAUGGGAUCCCGGGCAUUUUCCCAUGACAGUAUCUUUUUGGCAGAUCUAGUCCUUUCAGACGCUGAGCCAGCCAGGGUCUUAUCCCAGGAGAAUGUUCAUAGCAAGAUCAAAGAUUUGCAGAUGAAGCUUCAGCAGCAGAAGAUGCAUUUGGGGCCACCACCUCCAGUUCCACCAGUCAGACGUCCAGAGGAGCUAUGCGGCCACUCAGAGGAUGAUGGUCUUCCGCAUAGCCCUUCUGAAAUCUCAGGAUGUGACAUUACAACCGGGGGAGCCCUGAGCAUGCCCGUAUCCCAGCCAUCUUAUCGUCCACUUUCACCCAUCCUCAAACCUGUAUCUACCAAAUCUGUGCCCCCGAAUCCAUCCCAUACCUUCCCUCUUUCUGUCCCUGCUAAUCCCUCUCCUUCUGCUGUUGAGCCCCCGUUGGACUUCAGUUCUCCAGUUCAGUUUACUCCCUGCCUGGACAUGUCUGCUGCACGCCACCGAAUGUCUAUCAAGCCCAGGAACCAGAGGGCCAGCACCAAGAAGAGGCUCACUGCACAUGAUUCUAAUUUACACACGGUGAACAAUAUCGACCACCCUGAGUCUGAGAAAGAAGAAGAGCAACAGUUUACCGCUGUAGAGGAGGUGACACUGGAAAAAGAACAAGGAAGGGACAACGCUCCUAUGACAUCUCAAGAACUUCCUUCAAAAUCCCCAGAACUAGUGUCGAUCACAUCAGAGGCAGCACCCAAAUCAUCCAGUCUUCCUUUUUCUCAACAGGACCCAGUUCUUCCUGGGAGAUCACCCUCUAUAUCCUCCCAGAUACUUAGAGUUAAGCCUCCUAGACAUGGAGAUAUAAUGCAGAAUGAAUGGCCACACUCAUCCUUCAUACCGUCAGAACUGAAGGAAACGAGAGAGGGCCUGGAAGAGUUUGAAAUACAAGUCAUGUCCUAUGACAAGAGAAAUAGUCUAAACAAGGCUGAUAUAAACUCUAAAGAAGUCUCCUCUGACCAACUCUCUGCUGGCUUUGGCUCAGUGGUGGCACCCAGGUCUUCCUCUGUUUAUCAACAGGUUCAAAGUGAACCAGAGAACAUAAUAGGAAUAAAGAGACCUGCCCCAGGAUCUGGAUCCUUCAAAAUCUCAAUUUCCACCGCCAAAAGCCGAGAUAAUGAGAGACCCCGAUCAGGAAGUUUUGUGCUGGAGCAGGUGGCGACCUGGAAGAAGACUGGUGGGGGAUCAGAGGAUACAGUCCCUCCAAGCAUGAAGGAAAGGGAGGAACGUAAAGACUUUCAGCCAAGAGGGGGCCCCAUUGCUGUGGGAAGACUGAGACAAGAGGUAGCUCCACAUAAAAGCUCAGUUCCAUGGGACAGGGGGGACAGUCUGAAAAAAGUGGAAUCAGUGACACCACCUAAAAAUGUAACCACAGAUGCAGGCGUUAUAGAGGGGGAAGAGAUGGAGAGUAGUCAGGAGUUGGUGGAAGAGGCAGUAGAAGCAAAGGAGUUCCAGGAUGAAGAAGGAAAGACGACAUUUGGUGUAAAACUGCGUUCCACAUCUCUGUCCAUGAGAAAUAGGUCUGACGCCCCUUCCAACCAUCAUUCAAAGCCACUGUCAUGUGAGGAGCAACGUGACAAACAAAAAACACAGGAAAUAAGUGAUAAUGCCGACAACAUGUCUAAAACAUUGCCAACAUCCACCUCUGGAGACGUCAGGGCGACAGAGCCAACCCCCUCUGGCUUCUCCCUUCCUGUCAAGAAUAAUCCUCCAUCUAGUGAUGAUUCUCACACCAUACGUACAGAAGUCCAAACAAGCCCCAAAGAAGUAGAAGCUGCCCUCUGCGCCUCUCAGGAGCCCCAGCCAGCCCCUCAAACUGCUUCAUCUGAGGUGUCCUGGAUGAGCCUGGCGAUGGAAAAGACCAGAAGUAUCCAACAGCUUUUCACUAGUAGAUUUCCCAGAGACUUUACAGGCGGGCAGGCCGUGCCUCGACCACAAGUGCAAGUACAGCCAACAAAUCAAAGAGAGACAUCGACUGGGUCACAAAUACAGACACAGACUGUAAAAUUACAACAAAGUACAGCACCUCUGCUGGCUGCACCUGUGCAGACAAACCUAUGGACAACCCAGUCUCCCUUGCGCUCUUCUCCACAAACAGUCAUCACAACUCAAUUUGCACAAACGAGUGCCACCCAAACUCUUGCACAGUCGUAUCUUUCCUCAGGCCAGCAGCAACCCCCGUGGAGCAAUCGAGGUCUCCAGCCCUCCAACCAGCCCAAAUCCACAACUUCAGCUCCGACCUUAGUUUCUACCGCCUCAACAGCCGCAGCUCCAUCUCUACUGUCUGCCUUGGGAAGAGGGGAAAAAACAGUAAUUGUGCUGGAGAAAGAGAGCCCACCAUUGCAAGAGAAGCAGACAGUUUGGGAUGGGUCAAUAAAGGGUGACAAGGCUGCUUUUUUGGAGAAACGAGCACAGUGGACCACUCUUCCUGGAACCAAGGGGGUUGAAGUGAGGAAAACUCAAACAGAAAUGCAGACAUCAGGUGAAUCCCCUGCCUCAGUGAAACCCACACCUGUAAGCAAAGACACAAAACUGGAGGGAAGACAAGGAGUGAACCUUGCAGGGUUUCUUUUUUCAGAGUCAAGCCCCACCAGAGUUCCAGACAGGCCUCGUGAGGACAAAUGGCCCCGCAAAAAUGUGGGGCCAUCUUCAUCACCCUCGUCAUCACCUAUACUUCCAUCAACAUUGCAGUCUAUGUCUGAGAGUGGCCAGCCGUCCUGGAUGGAACUGGCCAAAAGGAAGUCAAUGGCUUGGAGUGAUAAGACCAUGGACUAA